AAAAGUUUUAGUAUCCAAUAUAUUUAGGCUGUAAAACAGAAGGAACUUAAAAAGAAACAUGUCAGAAACAGAACAACCUUCAACUUCCGACGGAUUAGAUAUUGGAGAAACGAAAGGAGCUACAUCAAUGAACGACGUAACACGUAAAGUAUUAAUGCCAGUCGAUGGAAGUGAACAUAGUGAAAGAGCAUUCAACUGGUAUAUGGAUAAUCUUAUGAAAACAACUGAUGGUUUAUAUCUGGUUCAUAUUGUAGAACCGUUAUCACCAGGAUUGAAUUACAAUCUUGCAAGUAAAUCUCCCUCUAUAAAAGAUGAUUUUUCAAAACAUCUAAAUUCUCUUGUUGAAUCUGGUCGUGCAUUACGUGCUAAAUUUUUUACACGUUGUGAAGAUAGUGGUUUAUCAGCAAGAUUUACCAUACAUGUUGGUACAAAACCAGGUGAAAAUAUUGUACGUAUCGCCACUGAACAUGGAGUUGAUUUAGUUAUUAUAGGAAAUCGUGGUAUUGGAACAGUAAAAAGAACCUUUUUAGGUAGUGUAAGUGAUUAUGUUUUACAUCAUGCCAAUGUUCCUGUUAUUAUAAUACCACCGCCUAAACAUCCAAAGAAAAAAUAAAACGAUCCUAUCUUAUUUCCUUCCUCCUCUUUAUGAACAGAUUAUAAAAAAAGUGGUUUGUGUUCUAUGUUGUGUUAGAAUAUUUUAUUAAACUGUUUAUCUUAGCGUGAUGUUAUCAAUUUAUAGUCUAUAAUGAUAUUAUGAUUUAUCCCAUUUCAUAGUACCUCAUUUGUGAUCAGUGUUCUCGUUUACUGAAAGUAAAUUUCUUUUAAACGGUAAGCAAACAUUCAAUAACUUUCAAGUACUUUGUUUAUUCAUAGCAAAUAAAUGCAAAGAAACUUAAUACUGAAUAGUUGUUAUUUUUACGAAACGAUAUUUGUUUGCUAAGGGAAUUUCAAACAGACUUAUCUACCUAUGUAUUUAAGGUAUGUUUUGGUUUCAUGAGAACAAGCUAUUUGAUUCCUAAACGAUGCCUUAAACAUUCUUUAUAAUAUGACUUAUUAUCGAGAUAUCAUUAGUUUAUUCAUUCUAUCAAUGUUAUAAAUUUAAUAAAAUACAAUCAAAAUAACUUCAACAGCAAA